AUGGCGGGAGGACGGCGGGGUCUCGUGGCCCCGCAGAACACGUUCCUGGAGAACAUCGUCCGAAGGUCCAACGAUACCAAUUUUGUGCUGGGGAACGCACAGAUCGUGGACUGGCCUGUCGUCUACAGCAAUGAUGGCUUCUGCAAACUGUCCGGUUACCAUCGAGCCGAGGUCAUGCAGAAGAGCAGCACCUGCAGCUUCAUGUACGGAGAGCUGACAGACAAGGAGACGAGCGAGAAGGUUCGACAGACCUUUGAGAACUACGAGAUGAACUCUUUUGAGAUCCUGAUGUACAAGAAAAACCGGAUGCCAGUUUGGUUUUUUGUGAAGAUCGCUCCAAUCAGGAACGAGCAGGACAAGGUCGUCCUGUUUCUCUGCACUUUCAGUGACAUCACCGCCUUCAAACAACCAAUUGAGGAUGACUCAUCAAAAGGUUGGGGUAAAUUUGCCCGUCUGACUCGUGCAUUGACCAGCAGUCGAGGAGUUCUGCAGCAGCUCGCCCCAGCUGUCCAUAAAGGAGAAAACGUCCAUAAGCACUCACGGUUGGCAGAGGUUCUCCAGCUUGGUUCAGAGAUCUUGCCUCAGUACAAACAGGAAACCCCGAAGACGCCGCCACACAUCAUCCUGCACUACUGCCUCUUCAAGACCACGUGGGACUGGGUCAUCCUCAUCCUCACCUUUUACACCGCCAUCAUGGUGCCCUACAACGUCUCCUUCAAGACCAAGCAGAACAACGUCACCUGGCUGGUGGUGGACAGCAUCGUGGACGUCAUCUUCCUCGUCGACAUCGUCCUCAACUUCCACACCACCUUCGUUGGCCCCGCAGGAGAGGUCAUCUCCGACCCAAAACUCAUCCGCAUGAACUACGUCAAGACCUGGUUCGUCAUCGACCUGCUGUCCUGCUUGCCUUAUGAUGUCAUCAACGCCUUCGAGAACGUCGACGAGGGGAUCAGCAGUCUCUUCAGUUCUCUCAAAGUGGUCCGUCUGCUGCGUUUGGGUCGGGUCGCCAGGAAGCUGGAUCACUACAUUGAGUACGGUGCUGCUGUACUGGUUUUACUGGUGUGCGUGUUCGGCCUGGCGGCCCAUUGGCUGGCCUGCAUCUGGUACAGCAUCGGAGACUACGAGGUGAUCGACGAGGACACCAACGACGUGAGGAUGGACAGCUGGCUGUACCUGCUGGGAGAGACGGUGGGGACGCCGUACAGAUUCAACGCCUCGGGCUCAGGUCGCUGGGAGGGCGGGCCCAGCAAAGACUCGGUCUACAUCACCUCGCUAUACUUCACCAUGACCAGUCUGACCAGCAUCGGCUUCGGAAACAUUGCACCGAACACAGACGGAGAGAAGAUCUUCGCUGUGGCCAUGAUGAUGAUCGGAUCGCUGCUGUACGCCACCAUCUUCGGUAAUGUCACCACCAUCUUCCAGCAGAUGUACGCCAACACCAACCGCUACCACGAGAUGCUCAACAGCGUGAGAGACUUCCUCAAACUCUACCAAGUCCCCAAAGGCCUCAGCGAGCGGGUAAUGGACUACAUCGUGUCCACCUGGUCCAUGUCCAGAGGCAUCGACACGGACAAGGUGCUGCAGAUUUGUCCCAAGGACAUGCGAGCGGAUAUCUGCGUCCACCUCAACAGGAAGGUGUUUAAGGAGCACCCGGCGUUUCGGCUGGCCAGUGACGGCUGCCUGCGAGCCCUCGCCAUGGAGUUCCAGACCAUCCACAGCGCGCCGGGCGACCUCAUCUACCACGCCGGAGAGAGCGUGGACAGCCUCUGCUUCGUGGUGUCGGGGUCACUGGAGGUCAUCCAGGACGACGAGGUGGUGGCCAUUUUAGGUAAAGGUGACGUGUUCGGCGACGUCUUCUGGAAAGAGAUGACGUUGGCUCAGUCCUGCGCCAACGUCCGAGCGCUGACCUACUGUGACCUCCACAUCAUCAAACGAGACGCGCUGCAGAAAGUUCUGGAGUUUUACUCCAACUUCGCAAACCACUUUGCCAGAAACCUGGUCCUCACCUACAACCUGAGGAAGCGGAUUGUCUUCCGGAAGAUCAGUGAUGUGAAGCGUGAGGAGGAGGAGAUGUUAAAGAGGAAGAACGAGGCUCCUCUGAAUCUCCCUCCGGACCACCCAGUCCGACGACUCUUCCAGCGUUUCCGACAGCAAAAGGAAGCCCGACUUGCCGCCGAGCGGGUUGGUCAGGGUGCCAGUGAUGUGGAAAAAGGUGUCGUUCAGCUAGAGCAGGCCAGAGGUCCAGAGGUCCUGGCCUCCACCAGUAUUGUCAUGUUGACAGAGUGCCCAGCCACAACAGCCACCUCCUCGACGUCCUCCACAUCCUCUUCAUGCAGGACCUCUAGCCGAGUCAUGCUCCACACUCCCGCCACCCAAAAUGGAAACCUGACCGGCUGCAAAUCCGCAGAGCCACCAAAAGCUAAAGGCUGGGGACGAUUCAAGGAGUCAGUUGUAAAGGCCGAGUCAUGGAGCAGCGUUUCCAAGGCCGAGUCUAUGGAAACGCUGCCCGAUAGAACUAAGUCUCAUGACGAGAUGUCCCUCAAGAAAACCGACUCCUGCGACAGUGGCAUCACAAAGAGCGACCUCCGUUUGGACAAUGUUGGCGAUGCCAGAACACCACAGGAGAGGAGUCCAGUUCAGUCUGAAGAGAAGAGGGUCUUCUGUCCGAUACCGGAGCAGAGCAUGCAAGCCUGUUUCCUUGAGCUGAAACAAGAAUUAAGAGGAGACAUCAGAUCUCUGAACAGUCGCAUGGCAGCGCUGGAAGGUCAGUUAGCCGAGAUGCUUCGACUUCUGAAAUCCAGGAAGUCGUCGGGCUCCUUCUUCGAGAUCUCACGGCCACCCUCCCCCGACUCCGAUAAGGACAGCUUCUCUUAAACUCGACGUGGAAUCAGUCCAUGAGAAUCAAACCUGAACAGUUCAGCUUACAGAUGUUAGAGAAGAGCUUCUAGCUGCAGUGUGAAGCUUUGCUGAUGGUGGUCAAUGACCAUAUCACACAGAUGACAAAAGCACUUUGUUAAGUUCGUAGCAUCAUUCCGCCGUUCAAGACGUUGCAGACUGAAAUGACGUCAAACUGGAAUGACGAUGAGUCCGAUUUUUACUUUGGUCAGAGAUUAUAGGAAGAGUCAUGGCAGUAACAAUGGCACUUUUGGUUCUCAGGAGAGUUUGGAGCCUGCAGACCUUUAAAGGAUAUCGGCAAUAAUAACAGAUGGCUUAAAUGUUAUUCUUUUAAAAGGGACUUUGGCACUGUGAUUUGGUGACGACUUUGACCUGGUCUCACGAAGUCUGGUCCACAAACUCUGUUUAGCUGCUCAGAGCCUCCAGAUACCGAAGGGUCCACUCUCAUUGGCAAGACUGGUAGAAUGCUGGAAUCAAGCAGAGACAUAUCCCAUUGAUUCAGUGAAAGUAAAAGUGAAGAUAGAUGUUAAUGUAAUCUUGGGUAAAAUUGUGAAAUGGGAGAAGCUGAAAUUUACAGUCCAUGAGGAUGACUACAGUUUAGACAAACUACUGGAAGAGGCCAAUUUGAGAAGCAUUCUUGUUUCUAUAAAGUCCCAAACCUUUAAAACUGUCAAAAACAUAAUGGUGGCCAUGGUUUCGCUGGCUCCACAUUUUGCUGGUAGUUUUUCUGGGUAGCAAUGUUUGAGAAUUGACGGCUGCAGAACAUCAUAUCAAAGCCACGGCCAUGUGAUUGGUUGUUAAGAGCGUCAGUCAAAAGACUGCCUUUCAGUCAAAGCAGGAGGCUGUUGAACUGGUAAAAGAACACUGUGGACCAGACUUUCAGCUGAUGGUCAAACGGUUUUGCUCAGUGAGACAUGCUAUCUGACCAGAGAAACUGACAUUAGCACCAUUUUCCUCUGAGAAUUUGGGAUUUAUCACCACUUUCAUGCAGACUGAAACACUGUGUGUUAAGACUUCAGUGAGAAGUCUCUGAUGAAUUGGAUCAGCAGUGUUUUUUACUGUAUAUCCAGAGUGAAUGUGAAAGAUUUAAUGCAGCACGGUAGAAAUGAAGCCCUAAAUGUUUCUGAUGUUGAUGUUUCAUUCUUGCACAGAGCUGGACGUUUGACUGGUUAGUCUUGAUUUUUGAUUUUGUUUUUAUAAAGUUGCAUGUUUCCAAGUUAGUGAGUCUCCAGCUCUGAAUGGAGAUCAGGUCUAACACAUCCAAAUUCAAACACAUUAAUAAUUGAGUUCUUCAAUUUAAAAGAACAGACAUAUUUGAUGCUUAUAAUUCUGAUGUCUAUGGUUGCCUAAAUGCAUCUGAAUUUUUAGUGUAAUAUGUUUGGACUUACAGUACAUAUGCUCUUUAAUUUAGGUAUUUGAAAGAAAUCGUUGAUGUUAUUUAAAAAUAUAUAGUAUUUAGACCCCAGUGUAAAUGUUUCCACCUGGCAUUAACAUGGGAUCUGUAUCUGGAUAUGUUAUCAGCAUAAUGACAUUUAUUCACAGGCCUUUGCUUGGUAUUAAGCAGCAUUCUCCUCAUCUCCGUUCUGCCCACAGUGUGAUCUGAUUUCAACAUGUAAGCUAGGUAGGCCGGGUCAGCAGUCUUUUCAGCCACAUGGCGCAUCUUGGGUCAAGGGAAGUUAUGCAAAAUACUCUCGAGGGACCACUAUGACAUGUAAGGUCAGGGUCACGUGGCAGACGGAGACAGUUAAAAGCUAACCAGGCUCACUUUUGCUGUAAGAGGAUAAUCAGAUCCAGUGGAGUGGCUUCCUAGCACUGGAGCCAAUUCGGCCCACGACCCUCGUGUUUUUCAUCGUAGUACUGGAGAGACUCUUGAAGUGAUGCUGCUGUGCGAGCUCUACCUAUUUUUCCUUGCUGAGCAGGGACUCAUCAGUGGCUUUUAUUUUGACAGGCAGCUUGAGAUAACAGGGUGGAUUCUCAUUUUUAAAAUGUGUCCAAACUGAACAGAUGUCAUUUAUGCCUGACCUAAACCACCUCCAGAUCUGGUCUGGCCUACCUGAUUGCAUUUUCACCUGCAUUAACGUGUUUUCCCUGAUCCAAAUCAGAUAUCUUGACUCAGAUCACAUGCAAAUACUAGGUGGAAGUGGGGUAUUAUAGGUAUUAUAUAAUUUGGAGUUCUCUAUCAGCAACCAAAACCAGUUGAUUGGAUGUAGUUUGUGGUGUUUAUGGUCUGCCUGUUUCAUUUCCAGUUCUUGUUUUCGAUAUGCCCAAUAUAACUGCUGGAAGAUUUGAUUUCUGUCUAAUAGGCAGACUCCGUCAUGCUGGGAAACAACCAUCAGACCGGUGCUGUAAGAGUGUGGAUUAGAGCUGGUGAGUUUUUCUGCAUUUGCACACACAUGGUCCGACUGGAUGACUGUAAAGGGGUUGAAAAUUUGGGGAAUUACAGAACACUGUAGACGGUAAUGUUACCGUCCGGCCCGAACACUGCAGCCUGUCACCUAAACUCUGUACACGACGACUGUAUCAGUCUGAUGAAGUUUCCUUGCAGUCAUGAAGUAUUCGGUGUUGCUUCAAGUUUUAAUUAUCUGAAAUAAGUGGCUGCCUUAAACUAAGUGAAAGUUAGCUUCUUCUCAUCAUCCUCUGCUCGUUUUUCAGAAUUUAAAAUACACUUAUUUAAAAAUACACUCCCUGAUUUUUGCCAAGUAGCAUCCUGAAUGUGAAAAGUAGUGAAAUCUGUUCAGAUUUCAUGAACAAUUAAAGCUGCAUCGACUAACAUUUGAACGCUGGAGGGGCUGAAAGUUUCCAAAACAACAACAGAAGUGUAUUUUUGUGUUAUGAAGCAGGUCACCCGUACGUUUUGGUCAUUGGCACCAGUCUUUUAGGUAAAACGUUUCUGUGUUCGAGGAGCAUGUCAGUCAGUGCCUCCUCUGGGAGAAAUGUCGUACCUCUCCUCAAACGUUUACAUCUUUGUUAUGAUUUUGUGAGUCUGCUUCGUUGUGCGUUCACUGCUGGAGGACGUUGUUUCUUCUCCAGAACCCGCUGGCCGUGCCUCUGAAGGCUCAGCCUGAACGGCGGCAAGUCGUAGCAACAGGGGAAACUGCAGGGGAAACAUGUUGAGGGAUACACAAAGGUGAACGAUGAACUGAUGCGUUCGGAAAACAAGUGUCUCCACGUUUUCACCUCUGGACAAAUGUCCACAGAAGAGCGACAGCGGCGACUGGUGAUCAGUCGUCUGCUGUCAUUCGUGCACUCAAACCCGCUGAAUGUCUCAGCACUGAUCCUCCAUGUUGUUUUUUUAAGUCUACCAGAUGUUCAUGGAUCGCCAGUUCUUCCUUUGGAUUUAGCUUCGACAUCUUCAUUGUGCCUCCCUCCAAGUUCCAAUGCUUUCAGCGCAGUCAGCCUUAAUGAUUUUAUAUGCAACGGUUUCCCCUUGAAACACGACUGGUUUCACUCGUCUCUCCCUCCUCUAGUCAGCUGGUCACGUUUGCAUCCAACACGUCUCGUCAGUCAUCAGGUUAUUCUGAGAGCCCAGACACAACAGCGAUUCAGGCAGAAAUCGAUCCGAUUGAUUGACAUCAGUGGCUUUGCUUACAGAGGCAAAAUAGAUUUGAAGAUUUUUCCAUAGAGUUUAUACAUAUCUCGUACAGUGCUCCUCAGAGGAGAGAAGAGUUGAAUGAACUGUUAACUUAUCGUCCGGCCAAGAGCUGAAAACUUAAGUCACCACCGUUAACUUAAAAAGUGACAUUGCUGAUAUUUGCUACAUCGCUCAGCGUGAGGGGUCCAGCACCACCCAAAAUUUUGGUGUGAACAGUCAUGGAGGCUGAGUGUCCUUAAAAGUGUCUCCAAACGAACUGACGAAUGCAGCUGACCUGCGACAAUAAAGCUCAGUGCUGAUCUCGGUUUAUUCUCCCUGCUUUCCUCCAUGGGUAUUCCACUGACUUCCUGUCGUGUGGUUGCUAGCCUCACCUUCAUCGCCACAACACCCACCACUGGCCACCACAGUUUGUGCGAGCUCCUCUGUAGUGUCUCUGAGUUCUCCCACAGGUUUCUGAGGGGAUGCUCUGAAUCCUGGAGUUUGGGUUUUACUGCUCGUCACCAUCUCUGUCAGCUACUGGAAAAUCCUGAUAUGGGGUGAAAUCCGUGUGGAGCUGAGACAUUACAAGCAGCAACCAUCACAGCUGAGUGUGAUAGGCUGACGCCCAUGUUAAUUGAGGUAAAUUCACCCCCCAAACAUAUUUUGUCUUUAUCAUCUUUGUAUCUCCUUAAUGGAACAUUCAUUAGGAAUUUUAUAUUUACUAUUUACUGAGAGCAGGACUUUGUAUUUGAAGAUAAAAGUUGAGGUUUUCCAGUUCAUUUUGACACAAUCAGAGAUUUCGUGGUCCUGAAUCUAGUGGAUGUCAGAGAAACUACAGCUGAAUGCAGUGAUGCUAGAAUGAUACCUUACGUGUCCACAUGGGUGACGGGUUUUCCAUUUGACGUAAAUUUCAUCAUCUUGCUAUGUCCGCGAAGGUCUGCGAAGCCAAAUUUAUGACCGCAUGACCAUGUCUAUCUAGACAAACACCCAUCAUAGACAGAAUAGCAUCCAUGGUCGUUUUGAGUUUAACCGGCCCUUUUAAGCUCUGGCUUCAACACGGAGCUGAACUGAGCACUCACAGAGGAGUGUUUGCUCCCCGAUCCCGGCAUUAUUUAACAGCAGAUUUUAGUCAAACUAGAUUGAUAACGUAGAAUAAAUCCUAUUUUUUUAUAAUAAAAAGUUAUGUUCUGCGGCUUUAAGUUGAGUAUCAUCUGCAAACAUGAUAACGGAACAAACGUAGGCUUAUCUACAAUUACCAUCAAAUCCAGUCACAACUGAGAACUUAAGCGCUAAAACAUCAAAUGUCCGGAGCAUCAUGACACAUUUGAUGCUUUAUUCCUGCUAAUCAGUGGAAACGUAACUUGACAUUUAAAAAUGUACUCACCUGAAAUGUCUAAAUGAUAAUCUGAGAUGUACGUUUGUCUUGACUUUGGUAUCUCUUGUAUCCUGUGUAGGUGUGAUAUAUAAUAUAUCGUCAUAAUAUGCAAUUAUUGCCAUGUAUGCUGUUCAUACUGAGAGACUGGUUGUUGUUUGUGGUACUUAGUUUAUCUCACGCCGUCCCACAAGCCCUGCCGGUAUUGACACUGAUGCACUUUGGUCGUCUGUCGUCCCUGCAUGACGCUGGUGUCUGAAACCCGUGUUUUGUUUUGUUUGGGUUUUUAUUUUGUUUUGUUACGUUUUGUUUUUUAAGGAAAGACUGAAACUGAUUGACUUUGCCUUGCUUCUUAAAUAUCUGAAGGACUUUGAGGUUUCGUUCUCUCUAAACUUUACUACCUUCUGCUGUGGGUCACAUGUAUGUAGCAACCGCCGUCUGUGCAUGAAGAGCACCUCUGUGUUAAAAUGGUACAAAGUCUCUAUCAGUAUCACGUAUGUGCUGUUUUGGAAAUUCACAACUUGGAGGAAAAGCUUGAGAGAAACCUUGUUGUAACCACAGAUAUAUUCUGAAUUUGUUCUUCACUUAUUGUCAGGAAUGAAAACUGUAUCAGCACAAAGAGUAUUUAUAAAAACU